AUGGGACCAAUGAAACAUAGAGGAGAGAUAGACAUAUCAGCACAAGAUACAUUGACCGCGGUAUUAUCGAAUGGUGAGCCUAAUUCCUCAACCGUAGACGAAUGUCCUGUUGGAAACGUAUCAAUUGCUAGUGUCACUAAUACAGCUGAAAUGGUUGCAAUCACGCCAGAAGAUGACGUACGUUUAACAACAACAAGCCCAAUAACAGAUGCAAGCGGCAUUCCUUCCAUGAAAUCAAUCAGUUUGGACUAUUUUCUGUGGCUGGUUAAUCGACUAUCAAAAAGGGCGGCCGAUGAGAAUUCUUUUGUUCCAGGAUUCACAGCCGUUAGAAGCUCGUUAACUAAUUUAAAUUUUCAUGACACCACAAAGAUUCUUACUCCAAUCUUACCGUAUCCAGCUACUACAUACGAUGCAAUAUUCACCACAAUGAUAAAUUUCCAAGACGCUCUCAAGCAGAAAGGAGAUACGUAUGGCGGUUUGUGGGCAGACGAAGGUGUAUACCGCAUUGCAAAAGAAAUUCAACUCCUAAAGCCAGAUAAAUUUAGCAACAUAUUUCUUGGUCUUGGAGGGUUUCAUAUGGAGAAAAUUGUGUUCACGUGUCUUGGCGCAUAUUUGGAACCGUCGGGAAUAUUUUCUGUUUUAGUCGAAACCGAGUGCUAUGGUACGGAUGCUAUCAAUGGUGUGAUUUCUGGUUCCUAUUAUUCCAGGGCUCGUACAGCCCAUUCUUCGAUCAACGAGGUUAUCAUGUCCUUGAUGCUAGAGGCAUUUCAAGCAGAAUAUCCAGAAAAGAGUGACCUAUUUGAAGACCUUUUAGCAGACUGUCAAUCUGAGGAGAUGACAACUGAUUAUUGGAACACCAUAAAGGAGCA